GGCCACCUCACAUGGCGGCCCAGCACGGCGGCAGUGGCAACGGCAACGGCAACCCGCGCCUCCACCGCCUCUCCCGCGUGCUCGCCUCCUCCGACCAACCGCCCCCGCCGGCCGCGGCGCUCCACGCGCACCUCGUCCGUGCGCACGCCGCCACGCCUUCCGCCGUCGUCCGGUCGCUCCUCAACCGCGCCAUCCGCCGCCUAUCCAAGCCGCACCCGCGCGCCGCGCUCCGGCUGCUCCUCCUCAUGCCGCGCCUUCCCGUCUCCCCCGACCACUUCUCCCUUCCCUUCGCGCUCAACGCCGCGGCGUCCCUCCAGUUGCUCCCGCUCGGCGCCUCCCUGCACGCCCUCGCCCUCCGCCUCGCGCUCCUCCCUGGCCGCCUCCCCGUCGCCAAUGCCCUCGUUGAUCUGUAUGCCAAGUGCAACGACCUCCCCGCCGCUCAUGCCGCGCUCGCCGACAUCAAGGCCCCUGACGCCGUCUCGUUCAACUCGCUCCUCUGCGCCCACGCCCGCCUCGCCUCCGUGCCCGACGCCGAGACCCUCUUUGCUGCCAUGCCCUCCAGAACCCAGGUCUCCUGGAAUGCGAUGGUGGUCGUCUACGUCAAUGCCGGAGACGUCUCUUCUGCUCGCCGUAUGUUUGAUCAAAUGCCUACCAGAGACUCCACCUCGUGGUCGGUGCUGAUUGUUGGAUACUGCAAGUGCGGGUCAAUGCGGAAUGCGCGCGAAGUGUUUGAUGGAAUGCCGGCAAAGAAUCUCGUGGCAUGGACAGCGAUGAUCAAUGGGUAUGCACAGAGUGGUCUGCCAGAGGCAUCAUUUGCCAUGUUUAGAGAAAUGGAGGCUGCUGGAAUUGAGCCUGAUGCAGCAACUAUGGUUGGGGUUAUAUCUGCUGCCUCGCAGAUUGGCAGCAUGGAGUUGGCUGGGUGGGUUGGAACUUAUGUUGACAAGAAGCGGAUUGAAAGGAACGAGAAGGUUCUUACCGCACUUGUAGAUAUGCAUGCCAAGUGUGGCAAUGUUGACGAGGCUCUCAGUGCUUUUAGGGAAAUUGCACAGCCAGAUGCAUACCCAUAUACUGCACUUAUUAGUGGGCUGGCAGCUCAUGGUCAUGCAAAGUUGGCGCUUCAAGUGUUUGAAAGGAUGCAAGCUCAGUCAGUCUGGCCUGAUCCAAUCACAUUUGUUGGUGUGCUUACUGCAUGUAGCCAUGCAGGGCUUGUUGAUAAAGGUUUGGAGCACUGGGAGGCAAUGGUGAAGUACUAUGGAAUGGCGCGUCGAGCAGAUCACUAUGCUUGUGUAGUUGACAUGCUUGGCCGAGCAGGGAGGCUUCAGGAGGCUUUUGAAAUGGUGCAAACGAUGCCAAUGGGCCCCCACCCAGGGGCUCUUGGUGCAUUGCUGAGUGCCUGCAAGACACAUGGCAAUGUUGAGAUUGCAGAAGUUGUCGCAAACAAACUUUUUGAGUUGGAACCUCGCAACACUGGGAACUAUAUAAUGUUGUCAAGUAUAUAUGCUGAGAAAGAACAAUGGGAAGAGGCAGAAAGAAUUAGAUCACUUAUGAAAAUGAAAUUGCCCUUCAAACAGCCAGGGUCUAGUUGGGUUGAGAAUCGACAGAGCGAGCGUGGCAGGUUUCCUGUAAGGAGCUGAAAACCAGAAGGAACAUCUCUCUUUGCUUCAAGUGAAAAUGUUCAGAUGAUGUCAGCUAGGCAGGCACUAAACAGAUCUUAUUGAACUGGCAGAAAUGCAGGAGCGACUGAUGCCAUUAAAGUAGGAGCUUGAUAGUCUGACUAUAAGGAAGGAAUUGAUAAACAUCUCUGAUUGCCACAAAAUUGUUAACUCUGAUGCUGCAAACUAAGCUGGUUUAAAACAAGCUAAUUAUCAGGGAAGGAGCUGGAGGAGUAUCUUGCCUCGAGAGUUUUGAGUUCGAGGAAAUACUCACAAGUUCACGGCUGCAGGCUCCCAUGACCAGAACACAUUCACACAGUAUUAACUUUCU